AUGAGUAACGUGAUCGAGAAAUUGGGCAUUAAGAUUGAAAAGAACCCUCCCGAAGACAAGCUCACUCAACUUGGUGUUAGGCAGUGGCCAAAAUGGAGUUGCCCUCCGAGCAAAUUCCCAUGGACAUAUGAAUCUAAGGAGACUUGCUAUCUCUUGGAAGGAAAAGUGAAGGUUACCCCAAGUGGGGAAAAUGAGUCAGUGGAAAUUGCUGCUGGUGAUUUUGUUGUGUUUCCGAAAGGGAUGAGUUGCACUUGGGAUGUGUCAGUUGCGGUUAACAAGCACUAUAACUUUGAAUGA